AUGUUGUUUCGGAACCCAAAUUUGGAAACUGAUUCGGAUGACACCGAUGAAGAGCUUCAAGAAGCCUUGGCUGCAGGAAAGAUCAAGCCUGGUCUUAUAGUUGAGCAACAGAAGAAGACGUUCAUCAAUAACAGGGAGGGCUUGGGCGAUAAAAUCAAAGAGUUUUCUCUCGGUAAAUUAAAGUGGAUCGAGAGGUUGGACCUGACCAAUGAUCCAGCUCCUUCCAUAGAACCAGAAGACACAGCCAGUUUAGAAAAUGAUGACUUUCACAGAGAAAUGCGGUUCUACAGGCAAGCGCAGGCUUCAGUUCUCGAGGGUCUCGUAAAACUCGCCAAUAUGUCCAUCCCCACAAAACGACCAGAAGAUUACUACGCAGAGAUGGCAAAGUCAGAUGAGCAUAUGAAAAAGGUUCGGUCAAAACUUUUGGAGAAGAAACUGUCCAUGGAGAGGUCAGAGAAGGCAAAGAAGUUGAGAGAGUUGCGCAAAUAUGGGAAAAAGGUUCAACAAGAGGUUCUUCAGAAGAGACAGAAGGAGAAGAAAGAUAUGUUGGACACCAUUAAGAAGUUUAGAAAAGGCCAGAUAGACAAGGUUGAUUUUCUGGACGAGACCAUUCAGAGACAGAACAAGCAAGUUACAGAUAAAAAGACGUUUACUCCUAACAAAAAACGAGAAUACAAGAACAAGAAGUUUGGAUUUGGAGGUCAGAAGAAAAGAUCCAAGUACAACACAGCUGAAAGUGCAGCAGACGUCAGCAGUUUUAACCCUAGGAAAGCUCAGGGAAAGGGACCAAGCAAAUCGACAAAGAAGCCACAAGGAAAAAGACCUGGCAAAAACAAGCGAAAGACAAUGAAAAAUAAGAAAUAA